AUGUCAGUUGAUAAUCCUACAUCUUAUUUGAAUAACGACAACAUUGACCAACUUGUCCCGGAGAAGAAGAAGAGGGUCUCCUCUAUUUCCUUGUCUGACCAAUUUGUUUCUGCUAUCCCUUCAAUGUCCCAACUAGCCAACCUCCCUCGCCCGCUAAUUCCGACGGUUGAUGUUGAUCUCAACCGCUCCUCUAUGGAGAAGGACCUUCCAAAGUUUAAAAAGGAUAUGAUUGACCAUCCCAGAGUGGCCUCGUAUGCAUUUGCAUUUGACAUUGACGGUGUUCUUGUGAGAGGACCAGACACGCUAGAGCCUGGUGUUCGGGCAAUCAAGUACUUAGAAGGCGACAAUCCUUACAACAUCAAGGUCCCCUAUAUUUUCGUUACAAAUGGUGGCGGCAAACAUGAGAGCGUGCGUGCACAAGACUUGUCCAGACGCUUGCAGACCGAUAUUGCUGUUGACCAAAUAGUUCAAGGCCACACGCCAAUGAAGGAGCUCUCUGAUGUCUAUAAAAACGUCCUUGUUGUUGGCGGUGUGGGGAACACCUGUAGAAAUGUUGCUAAAAAAUACGGGUUCAAAAAUGUCUACACCCCGUACGAUAUAAUGAAGUGGGACCCAUCGGUUACUCCCUACUAUACAAUGACUGAGGAAGACCUCUCAUAUUGUGACGACCAUCAGGAUGUUGAUUUCUCCCAAACGAAAAUCGACGCCAUUAUGGUUUUCGCUGAUUCAAGAAACUGGGCAGCAGAUCAACAGAUUAUCUUAGAGUUGUUGAUGUCGAAGGAAGGUUAUAUGGGCACCAUUUCAGAGACUUUUGAAGAUGGUCCUCCAAUUUAUUUUGCCCAUUCUGAUUUUGUUUGGUCAACCAAUUAUAGAUUGGUCAGAUAUGGUAUGGGAGCAUUACAGGUGUCAAUUGCCGCCUUGUAUAGGGAACAUACUGGCAAAGAAUUGAAGGUCAUAAGAUUUGGUAAGCCCCAAAGAUCAACUUUCAAAUUUGCGGAAAAAGUUUUGCAUACUUGGAGAAAAUCGAUUUUGACUGAACACAUUGACGAGCUAACCUCAACAGCAGAUUCAACGACUCAAACGUCAGUGUUUUCAUCGAAUGACGACUCCAAAUAUACUUCAGUCUUUAAUGAUUCAGAAUCAGAGUCAGAUGAGGAGGACUCCAGUGAUCGAGACCAGCCUUCUUCUGCACCACUAACAUUCCAAUCCUUGACCAAGUUGAAAAUCAACCAACCAAGUGGCGCUACGCUGGUCUCGUCCAACUCCUUCUCCUCCCCAGACGACCUCCCACCACCUUCAACUGUCUAUUUUGUUGGAGAUACCCCUGAAUCCGAUAUUAGAUUUGCAAACAGCCACGACGAGAGUUGGUUCUCCAUUUUGGUGAACACCGGAGUCUAUCAAUCAAACACAGUGCCUAAAUAUGCACCAAAGAAACAAUGUGAAAAUGUAUUUGAGGCUGUCAAGUUUGCAGUUGAAAGAGAACAUGCAAAGGAGUUGAGUGAAUGGAAUAAGCAUGCCUUGGACCAACCAAUAACCUGA